UGGAGCAGCCAGACACUGCUGCUGGUGGAGCUCGCGAUGUUAUUAACGGACUUUAAACUCCGUACGCCAUACUCCCCGGUUGGCGCGGCUCUGCUGACUGUUGGUUCAGUCUGGUAAUUAAAUCCUACAUAACUUCGGCCGACAGCUGAACUCUGAGGACAACACUGAGCUUCCUCCGGCGCAGCAGCUAGCAGCAGCAGCAGCUAGCUGAACCGAUGGAGUGGCUGUACAACGGAGCUCCGGUCCGCCGCGACGGGGACUCCUACGGCCGACCGGAGGGGUCCCGUGGCGUUCGUCCUCAGUCACCAUCAUCGCACGUUUGUGAUUGUGCCAUGGCGUCACUCUGCCAGAGCCAGCACCGCUGUGUGAAGGCGUCCAUCGUCUCCAGCUGGAGACUGGCAGAGGCCCAGGAUCAGCUUUGCUCUCUCGGCGUCCACAGCUCCGAGUCCCUGGAGCAGGAACGUGCUCGGACUCUGGCUUGCCCCACCGAACUCAAGCACACCGAGGAGGAGUGGCGCCGCAAGGAGAGCAUGCUGGGAUGUCUGGAUCCCAGCCGCAGCCCUGUGCUCGGAGCUGUCAGAAGUUGGGAGGUUUUUGAUAAGUUAAUCAAUGUCGUCUCACUCUUCCAGAGUAUCAUCAAUGUCACAAGUCAAUCUGUAGAAAUGGAGAAGGACAAGUGCAAGACCUUUCUCCAAAAGUAUGACCAAGAGCUCAGGCAUUUUGGUAUGUUGCGGAGAUGGGACGACAGUCAGCGGUUCCUCGCAGACAUGCCUCAGCUCAUAUGUGAUGAAACGGCCAACUACUUGAUUCUGUGGUGCAUGAGACUCCAGCAAGAAGGAAAACAAGCACUGAUGGAGCAGGUGGCGCACCAAGCCGUAGUCAUGCAGUUCAUCCUGGAGAUGGCAUCAAACUCUCAGCAGGAUCCUCGAGGCUGCUUCAGACAGUUCUUCCACAAAGCCAAAGAAGGACAAGACGUCUACUUAGAAGUCUUCCAUACAGAGCUCGAGGCCUUCAAACACAGAGUGAAAGAAUACACGGUCAAGUCGACAGAUGAUGCAACCGAUAAUGUCGAACAGCAGAAAACUGGCACAAACUACAAGCUGGACCCCAAAGAAGUCGUGGACUCGUUGCCUCCAGUGGCAGAGUAUCCCGUGAAGCGUUGUUUAGAGGCUGGACUGUGGACGAGCACAGGGAGGUGGACUAAGGACGACGCUACAGAAACAGACGAUAUACUCAUGAUGGAGACCACCUAGGCGUUGCAGGAUCGGCCCUCGCUUCCCCUCCAUCGCCUUCCCAUUUUGGAACAACCUGAGUUUUAAGCCCUCUUUACACAGCAGACCAGGCUGAAUAACAUGACAGGAUCAGUCUUUUAAACUGCAGGAAAUAAUGUUUGUUGACGACAAACAUUUCUCGGUGUUGUGGUUGUUUCACAGCAGUGUCUCUUUCCAGCUGAAUGGACGUGCACUGCUUCUCGAGACGGCGUUCUUAUAUCCUUCCAGCUGGUUCAUCUGUAUUUCUCCUGAAACAGAGAAACAUCCUGACUUGGAUGCCAAACAAACUGACUAAUUGAAAAUUCCAACCAGGAACACAAAGAAUACCACACCAAUAAAGUUGUUGGGCAGUUAGGUACCAAAUCUAAUGGCUGACGCAGGUCAGUGGACGUCCGGGGGGGAUUGUUUUGUUUUUUAGCUGCUUCAGCUAAAAGAGACGCAGAGACUAACGCAUCACUGGCGUUGUAUCCUGUGUGGUGAGUUUUGGUGAAUCGUAAACGUUAGAUACGGUAGAAGGUCUGCUAUACUGUCUAUUAAGGCAACGUGUCUUAAAGUAACAUAUGAAAGUACCUGAUCAUGUGACAGGCGUAUGAGGAGACGAUACAUAAUGCAACAUGUGUGGGCGGCUGGUCAGUUGGCUGCAGUUGUUUCUAAACUGUGGCUUUUAGUGCAAAUGAGUUGACCGUUUAUCUUUGAACACUUUGCAGAACUAACGUUGGAUCAUGUCACAGACUUCAGGAGGGGGACAAUACAUUUUCCUGAAAGACUGCACAAGAGUGGUUUUAGUGGUUACGUAUUCCUUGUGUUGUCUGGAGAGGCUUAAGGAAGCAAUUCAAAUGCUGAGUAAUCAAACUACCUCCUUUACAUCUUCCAUGAACAUCUUUGACAUUCAGAAUGUAUCUCGUCUUCGCUGUCAGACAAAACACUAAUUCACCCAAUAUACACGAUGCUUAUGAAAUUUCCCGUCCACAUUCAGCCACAGGUGGUGAGUUGGUGACCCGGUCGUCGUUCUCCUGGCUGCGUCUGCUCAUUUUGUCCUGUGACGGAAAUAAUUCCGCCUUUUCAGAACAAGUCAGUUGCUUAUCACUGAAGCGGUGCACCCUAAGGCACAGACACAGAUUGAGCUACAGACAAUAAAACAACGUAGUUUUUAUUACGUGGUAAAGCACAGAAGCAUGUUAAACGGACAAAGUCAACCGUGAUCAACUUGGUGUUUAGUGUAACCGAAUGAUCCAUGUCUAUGAUGUCAUCUGGGUGCAAGAGGAAUGGAAGUGUAAAGAGGGCACUAGGUUUGUUUAGUUACCUACUAUUCAUCAUCUGAAUCCGCCUGCUCCUGUGAGUUAUUUAUCAGGUAUUCACAUGAUCAAAGCUUCAAAUUACAACUGGCCCACAGGUGAUGGAAAUAAAAGGGUUUACUAGGCCUGCGUGGGCUUUGUGUAUUUAUUGUCUCUGGCUCAGCGAUAGGCCAGAGUAAAGCCGUCAUACAUUUUCCCUUCCCAGCUUUCCAUCUGCAGGGCCCAGCGUCUGAAACGGAAUCACAAGCGCCAGUGUCCUGACCAGUGCUCUGCAGACACGUCCGCGUCAUGUCGGUUACAGGGCCGAGUCGGGGAUGUGAGCAGCGCCGCUGUGGAGGGGGCGGACUGAGCCCCCCACAAAGACGUGUGUGUCUGCAGGAAGGAAUCCUCUGCAUCCCAAUGUGUCCUGCACUUUACAUCUGUCUGCCGAGGUCGAGAUGGAGUAUUUGAAGCACUUGACUUCAUACUUCUUUCUCUCAACCCUAUUUUUUUGUUUCACUUUGUUGUGUCGUCGAGAAUUUAAAGCCGGCUUUAGAAUAGCUUGUGUUUUGAAUUGUAGACAUUUUGUUUUACUCUUUGUACGCCGUUGUUUGCCGACGUUCGUUCUUUCUUUUUUAUCAAUGUGUUCAAGGGAGCUUUUAACAGGUUUAUCAGGCUUCCAAUUAACUGUCUUCUUUCUUUUUUUAACAAGACAGCCAAAAUCAGAAUGGAAAUCUGCAUGCGCAGUAAGAUCUUUACUGCAGACUGGGGAACGAAAUGUACCACGUGAUGCAUUAAAGUGCAACGUCCGUGUGGAUGAGUGAAAGCUACUGUUUGCUGCACCUGUCGAUUCACUAGUCAUGAUGUCCCAGCUUCACGUCUGCUCUGCACGGUGCUCGUGUCGGGCAGCGUCACACUAACUAAACGUAAGCGGAGGUAUUGUAAGCAAUGUGCUGUGGUGGUUUGAAAUGUACUUUUUAUUUAUUUCUUUGGUCCAAAGUGACUGAUCCACUAUGCAAACUAAUUGUAUGGCUUAACGCUGUUGUACUGAAACUGUGGUCCAUGUCCAUGGUGUCUCAACGUCCUGAGCUAUUUGAAGAUUAUCACAAAAGCUGUGAGUGAAGACUGAGAGACUCGAUGUAAGAAGUUCAGUCACUAAGCUUUGCGAUUGAGGAAAAGUAUACACUCCUCAUUCACAGACUAGGCUACUGUAAAAUGUGUCUUCUCUUGAUGCUGUCAAUGACUCAAUAUAAAACAAGUGCUACAUGUU